AUGGCAGGGAAUGACACAGCAUGUGGCCCCUCUCUGCCGGACCUGCCACCUGAGAUCCUGAGCAAGGUCUUCUCAUACCUUGCGGGCACACCAUCCAUCCAGGCCGUCCUCAAGACUUGCAUAACGUUCUACAACGCCGCCCUCCCACUAUCCGUCAGCACUUUCCAUAACAUCGUUCAUCCCUACAAAGAUGGUAGCUCUUGUUCCCCCUCGCGAAAUGCACAAUUUCUACACUAUAUCCUCAUCUCCAAACCAUGGCUUGCUCAGCAUGUGAACACUGUCGUCCUCGGCAGCUGCUCGACGACUGGUAGCGACGAGGCAAAUGCCAUCAGCGCGGAAGCUGACCUUGCUGUAUGCCGAGAGCGUAUGGACAGUAUACUCGGUCGCAUCUCUGAUGAGGACCACAGUGAGUGGUGGGCUGAGUGGAUAGCAGAUCUCGAGAAAGGGUGCUCCGAUGCCCAGGCCAGUCUCAUCCUGCUUGUCUGCCCAAACAUUCGGGCUCUUCUGUUCGAAGAGUCCAGGAGGCGAGGUCACUUUAUCCGUCUGCUCGGAUUUCUCGCCCAUCUCUUCUGGGUAUAUGCGCGCACCCCUGAACCAGGCAUCGACCCCAAGAUCCCUCUGUCCAACCUCCAAGAUGUCUUCCACGAGGGAAAUGACAUAUACUUCUGCUACACUAGGUGGUGUGAGAAAUGGCCUAUGCUCUUCGGCCUGCCCCGACUCCGGUACUAUCAGUGCCACCUGCCUUUUGGAGACCUGAGGGGUGAGGCGAUGUUCGGGCAUCUGCCGCCCAGAUUCUCCCUUGUUGAAGAGAUCACUUUGCGAUCCGCCUAUAUCCGCCCCUCGACGCUCUCCAAGCUGCUCAAUGCCUGUAAAGCGCUUCGCAACAUGAGGAGGCCCGAGGUGACAGCGCCUCGGGAGCUUCUGGAGUCCAUCUUGCUCCACGCUGAAUCGCUCACCGAGCUCUACAUCAACACAGAGGAGGACCGGGAUAAGGGCUGUAGAUACCGGGUCAACGACAUCCUGUGUAUUUGCACGGGGCUCCGCAAGAUGGUCGCGCUCAGAAAGCUCACAGUAGGCAUGCAGUGCCUGACGGGGAUGCUCGCAGCUGAGCCGGAGAACAACGAGAAUAUAUAUAUGCCUCUCGAACUUGAGAGCGCCAUGAGACUGGUUGAUUGCCUCCCUGAGAACCUGGAAUACCUCAAGACCCACUCCUGCGGCGCUGCAGUAUACGACCAGGCGUCAGAGUUGCUUCGUGCAGUAGAGCAGGGCCACCGCUUUAGGCACCUCACCGAGAUCUGUUUUCUCUUCAUCGGCUGGCUGGUUGAGAGGCCUUCUCCGCUAUACUGCACUGCUCCCAAUGUUCGCCUCCGCAUCGGUCAGCAGACUAAGACCGCAUACCAUCAUGACCUGGGACACCCGUAUGCCGAUGGACAAGUUGCCGGACGCGGGGCUCGCAACGUAACUUCGCACAUCCACGGGACCAAUCUUCGGAGGGAGUACCUGGCAGUCCGUGGCCUUGUUGGACCUCCAAGGAACGCUUGCAGCUCCACUGAUGACCCGUAA